GUUUGCUGUCACCUCCCGACACUAUCAUUGCCAAUCGGCCCUGAAUGUCUCCGCCGUGAAUCGAAGAUGUUGACGGUUGAGAAGCAGUGGAUUAAUGUGCAGCAAAAGACCUUCACCAAAUGGCUGAAUGACAAGCUGAAGGCACGGGGCUUGUCCAUCGAGGACUUGGUCACUGACCUCUCCGACGGCGUCAUUCUUAUUCACCUCCUCGAAAUCCUUGGAGGAGAGUCCCUCGGUCGAUAUGCCUCGAAACCCAAACUGCGCGUACAGCGCUUCGAAAAUGUAAACAAAAGUCUUGAUUUCAUCAAGGGGAGGAGGAUUCAGAUGACAAAUAUUGGCGCAGAGGACAUUGUCGACGGCAAUCAAAAGAUCAUUCUCGGUUUGAUCUGGACCCUGAUUCUGCGGUUUACGAUCAGCGACAUCAACGAGGAGGGCAUGACUGCAAAGGAAGGAUUGCUACUCUGGUGUCAACGAAAGACGGCAUGCUACGACGAUGUAGAGGUUCGAGACUUCUCAUCCAGCUGGAACAAUGGCCUGGCCUUCUGCGCGCUCCUCGAUAUCCACCGACCAGACUUGAUCGAUUACGACUCGUUAGAUAAAAGUGACCACCGUGGAAAUAUGAAGCUGGCCUUCGAGAUCGCAUCCAACGAAAUCGGCAUCCCGGACCUGCUUGACGUGGAUGAUGUAUGCGACGUACCCAGACCCGAUGAACGCUCCCUCAUGACCUACAUCGCCUACUGGUUCCAUGCUUUCUCCCAAUUGGAGAGAGUCGAGAAUGCUGGGCGACGAGUGGAGAAAUUUGUCAACAACAUGCAUGGCGCAUGGGAUAUGCAGAACUCGUAUGAGCGCCGAGUAAAGGAAUUGUUGCGACUGAUCCGUGGCCAGCGCGAUCACUGGAAGGCCUCGUCGUUCGAGGGAACAUACAAAGACGCCAAAGAACAAUCAUAUCAGUUCUCGCUCUACAAGCGGAACGAGAAACGCCAAUGGGUGGCCGAGAAAUCUGACCUAGCUGCUUUGCUGGGCAAUAUCAAAACCAAGCUGGGUACAUAUCGACUGCGCCCUUACGACCCACCGCAAGAACUGAGUCCAGAAAACUGCGACAAGGAGUGGGAGAUCCUUACCCGGGAGGAACAUGAACGCAGCCAACUUAUAAACGAAACAAUCCGUGACAUCAAGAACAAGCUUCGCCGCUCCUUUGCUGACAAGGCAAAUGACUUUGCACUGACCCUAAAGACCUUGUCAUUGGCGAUCUCCGGAUUGGAUGGUGACGUUGAGGACCAGCUUGAUCAUGUUCAAAAGUUAAAUGGCAACCUACCACCCCUUGACGCCUUUCUCGACACUAUCGCAGAAUUGGACCAACAGUGCGCGGAGGCCAAUAUUGAAGAAAACGACUUCACCACAUACACCCUGGACGAGCUUGCAUAUGAGCUGAGCCUCGUCAAAUCCAGCAUUUCAAAGAAGCUGGCAUUCCUUGACAACCAGAUGGUUGCCCGUAACAUGACCAAUUUGACCCCUAUUCAAUUGGAAGAGUUUGAGUCGGUAUUCCGCCAUUUCGAUCGCGACUCUUCUAACACGCUCCAUGAGCUCGAGUUCUCCGCAGCGCUGGCCAGUCUGGGACUGGUCUACGACGAGGAUGAGAUGCACCAGGUCUACGUGGAGGUCUGUGGGGCCAACCGACUGUCACAGAAUGCUGGAGUCAGCUUCGAACAGUUUAUUCGGUUUAUGGUCAGCGUGACAGAGGAUCAAAAUACAGCUGAACAGGUCUUCCAGAGUUUCAAGGAGGUUGCCGAUGGCAAGCCCUAUGUCACAGAACUGGACCUCCGACACUCGCUUAUUCCAGACGAUGUUAUUGAGCACCUGGUUAAAACGAUGCCUACACAUGAGGGCCCCGAUCUACUCGAGGACCGGGAGUUGGCCAAAUAUGACUACAUUAGCUUCAUGGAGAAAAUGCGAGAAGUAAACAAACAUAAUGGGAGUGAGGAAUAAAAGGUAUCAUGGAGAUUGAUAUUUGCGCAGCAUUACUGGUGAUUAUGGGGGAUUUGCACUGACUUGGUGUUGCUGUGUUUCUGGUGUUUUCAGGGAGGAUUCUC